CUGUAUAUUGCUCGUUUCAUAUUUGUUUGUUUCAUAGUAUUUGCUCGUUUCAUAUGAUAACUACCUAGGAAUAAUGAGUGUUAAUGAGUGUUUCAUUUGUGUAUGAAUCCCUCGAGCGGUAAACCGAGGGAAGGUAGCUCAGGGAGGGAGGUCAAGCCGGCAGUCUAUCUGUGGUAUAGCAGCCGCACACACCUUGUUGGAUUUAAACCUGUGGAUUUAUUUCCUGUGAGCGCCAGAGAUUGCACCACCUUCACCCCCUCCUGCUGGCACUGGGUGGGGCUGGCACUGCUCCUCCUCCAGCUGGAGUGUUCCCUGCGGUGCCUCUUUGCGUGGGCCAAUAAGGUGCCUUCGCAGGUGAUCACUGCCCAACACACGGCUCUCUACACUACCAUCGACCAUGCCCUUGCUGCUCCUGUGACUGGAGGAAGAGCAGGAGGCGCAAAAGGAGGAGGAGAGGUGCAAAUUGAAGAAAGAAGAGAAGAAAGUGGAAUGACUGAAGGAACAAGAAAAGACGAUGCUGAUGAAACAGAAGAGGCAGAAAUAAAGGACGAUAAACACAAAAAGAAGAUAGCGUUUGAGAGUUCCAAUAAGGGUAUGGAAAGUAUAAAACAUCCUAUUCCUCAUCCACCUCUCCUCUCAUCCACUCGCCUAUCGCAGGAGACAGAAAAUGCAUUACAGGUCCUUAGAAGGUGGAUAAGUGGAUACAGGAGUCACUACCACCCUACUUCUCUCCUCCACGAGGCCCUCCUCUCUUCCACCUCCCUCCUGGGCGGGUGGAAGGAGUGGAAGAGAGUGGAGAGAAGCGAGAUGGAUUAUGUGGAGUAGGAGAAACAGGUGGAGGUGUUGGUGGAAGAGAUGGAUAGACUGUGUGAGAGAGCGGAAGAGGUGAAAGGCAAGAGUGACGUGGAAGUGGGAGAUAGGAAGGGGAAUAAAGGAAGAACUGAUCAAUAGGUGAAUAGUGACAAUGGAGUGGAAAUGAAGGAAGUGAAAGGACCGAGAACGAUGAAGAUAAACCCAAAAUAAGAGAAAAUCUAAGUUACCCACCUCUUUCACGCACGCACACCACCCUCCCAUUAACAAAAACCACGGAAUUCAUAGCAAAAAUCCAUAAUAUAACCUUCCAAGUCCUUCACCGACCCAAAUCUGAGCUGGAAGUGGUCUCAGUAUUGAGAAGAAUGACCACUAACAUCAACGCCAGCUUCAGGAACACACAGGAUAGUCUCUCCUUCAAACACACGCAGUUUAGAGAAAAGAAAAAAAUGAGGUCUAGACGAAGGGAGACUUAAAAAAGAACUCAACGCGGUGCCUGUGGUGGUGUGGACUUGCUACCGCUUACUCCAGGCUGUUUAUAUGGUUCUUCCGUGUCUCCAAGAUGUUCCAGAGAUGGAGAGGGAUAGUUUUUCCAGUCUCAUGCGGGUCCUGAAGGGGGUACUCAAAGCUAUGGAGAAUUUAGCGUCACAAACAGAUCCUUAGAUGAAUCGUUGGGACGAGGCUGUUUGUAUAUCAAGGGAGAAUGUUGCCUUUGUCUUGAAGCAUUUUGGGUGAGGUGCUUCUGUCCCCGGCUCUGUUAUAUGAUUCUUUAAGCUUGUUUUACUUUCUGACUCGCCUUAGGUAAGUUUACCUGUACGUGUCUGUAAAGAGCAGGGUUUUUUUUAUUAUUAUUUUUUUUAUUUAUUUAUUUUUUAUUUUUAUUUUUUUCUGUCUCUCAGUUGAGAAUGUUCAAUUUAUUUUGAAGUAUUUAAGGUGUGGUGCUUAUGUUCCUCACUGUCAUUUUUUUUUUUUUUCAAGCUUGUUUUCUUUCCUGAGUUUGUUUAAAUUUAGAGGUGCGUGUCUGCGUGAAGAGCGGUUUUUCUGCCUAUCAAUGGAGAAUGUUGCCUUUACCAUGAGGCAUUUGGGGCGUGGUGCUUGUGUCCUCAGCUGUUUCAUGAUUUUAAGCUUGUUUUACUUCCUAUCUCAGUUUUGUUAACUUUGCCUGUCCGUGGCUGUGUGAAAUGCAGUUUCCUUUCGUGAAUCCUGAUGUGUCUGUCUUUACUUUGAGACAUUUGGGGCGUGGUGCUUGUUUCCCCAGCUGUUUCGUGGUUUUAAGCUUGUUUUCCUUCCUGACUCGCUGUAGUUAAGCUGUGCGUGUCUGGCCCGCAUUCAGCUCUCUCAACACAACUAUUUUUAAAAGCCACAUAAAUAAUUAGCCGGGUUCUCUUAAUGAUAAUGUAGAAAUCUUGUUAAUCUAUCACUAGAACCAUAACUACAUCUUUAAAAACCCGUGUAACUUACCAAAUACGCCCAUAUUCAGAAACACUCUACUCUCUCAUCAUGACUAUUUUUAAAGGCCACAGAGAUGAUUAGCCGGUUUCUCAAGACUGUUUUUCUUAAUAAUAAUGUAGAAAUCUUGUUAAUCUGUCACUAGCACUGUAUAAACACUCAAAAACCAGUGUGCCUUCAUCUGCCUCGAGUCUUUUGAAAGUAGUGGAGGUGCGGAGCGGAAGUGUUUCAGAAUACAGUCCUUUGUGAAGAGCAGUUUUUCGUGAAUGAGACUUUUAUAGUUUGAAAUGUGAAAGAAAAUAAAAGAAAAAAACUUAUGAUCCUGGUUAUCAUAUCUUAAUGAAGUUUACCUUGCGUCUUGUUUUAUCCCAGCGGUCUUCAACCUUUCCCCGCGCUACACACAGAGCCAGGUGCUGAUACGGGCGAGGUACACCACCACUAUGUCAAGGUGGAACUAAUGACUGCUGAAUGCGCCGCAGGAGCGAGUCUUGCCAGCUCGUACAGUCACCUAAAAAAAGUUGGUGACAGUCUCUUGGCAGCUGAAUGCCCUUCCACCAC